CUGCCCAUGCUGGCCGGCCACUUCUAGCCAGGCUGGGGAGGGCAGGGCACGGGGGGGACCAGUUCUGAGUCUCCCCCAUCAGAUCGUUAUGGAUCUAUUCGACUUUUUCAGGGACUGGGACUUAGAGCAGCAGUGUCACUAUGAGCAAGACCGGAGUGCACUUAAAAGGAAAGAAUGGGAGCGAAGAAAUCAAGAAGUCCAGCAAGAUGAAGAUCUCUUUGCUUCAGGUUUUAAUCUCUUUGGGGAACCCUACAAGACAAAUAAAGGGGAUGCCCUUGCUAACCGUGUCCAAAAUACAUUGGGAAACUAUGAUGAAAUGAAGGACUUGUUAACCAACCAUUCCAACCAGAGCCACCUUGUAGGAAUCCCAAAGAAUUCUGUACCACAGACUCCCAUUGACAAAAAUGAACAGAACUUUUUUCCAGAACAGAGAAACAGGAUGAUCCCAUCUCACCAGAUCAGCGGUCACUCAUCAACGUCAAUGCCCCCACCUUCUUCACUGUCAUCUAAUUCUACUUUGCUACACAGUCACCAGAGCAGCAGGAAAUCCAGGACAGAUUGGUCACGUGGUGGUCACAAUUCUAGCGGUGCACAGCCAAGCCAAUCCAGUAGUCAACAGAGUAGGACAAAGCAUAGCUCUUCACAUGACCAGCCUCAAGGCAGGUACGACGAUCUCUACAGCUGUCAGAGUGAGCAACAUAAAAAUGGAGGGGCUGAGGAAGCAAACCCAGCUGCAUCAUCUUCACAUUCACGGAGGCACAAUCAUUCCAAAUCAACAACUGGAGAACAUUCUUAUAAAGAAAACAGUCAUUCCAAGUCACCUGUAGAACUUGAGUUUGUAGGGCACGGUCCUGGAUCUCCACUUCCUUCUACAUCUUUGUUAUCUGCAAACAAUGGUCUCUCAACUCAGAGUUUCCCACCAGGACUGCACUGUAAAACUAGCAUGGGCCAGCAAAAGCCUACAGCUUAUGUAAGACCUAUGGAUGGUCAGGACCAAGUACCUAAUGACUCACCUGAACUGAAACCUCCAAUAGAAAUUGAGAGUGUAUAUGGAAAUCAAUCAUUUGGAACACUGUUGGAAGGAAAAGCUAAUGCACCCAGUUCUAAGAAUAAAUUACCAAAGCUUACCAUCCCUCAAGCUAGCGAGGUUAGCCUUCCCAGUGACUCCAGCUGUGUGGAAGAAAUAUUACGGGAGAUGACCCAUUCCUGGCCUCCACCUCUUACUGCUAUUCACACCCCCGGCAAGGCUGAGCAGACCAAGUUUUCCAUCCCAAGCAAGGUGCAGGAUUCCCAGCACCCGACUUCAGGAUACAAUGUACAAAAGUGGAGUGAUCCAGCAGGGAAAGCUGCCACCAAGUCAGUGCCACAAAAGUCAAUGCUCGAAGAUGAUCUAAAACUCAGCAGUGAUGAAGAUGACCACGAACAGGCUGCUGAAAAGACAAAACCUAGAAACAUUCCUGUAAAUGGCCUUCCUUUGCAGACAGCACACAAUGCAGUUUUAGCACAUUCCAGCGGAGGCUCUGGGAGCUCCAGUGAGUCUGAGAGCAGCUCCGAGUCUGAUUCUGACAGCGAAAGCAGCUCCAGUGAUAGUGAGUGUAACGAAGAGUCACGCAGCGCAACUCCGGAGCCUGAACCUCCCUCAACAAACAAGUGGCAGCUGGAUAAAUGGCUAAAUAAAGUGAAUCCCCAUAACAAGACCAUUAUCAACAACCAAAAUGAGACUCAUAGUGAGAACAGUUCUCAGUCUCAAAGCAGCCAACAGACUGAAGGACAAAACAAAGGGAAGCUUAAUAACAGUCUGCCCCAGACCGAUUCCAAAGACAGGGCCAUCCGUAGUCCCAUCCGGGAGAAAGCCAAACCACGAGUUGCCCAGAAAACUCCAGAGGCAAAAAGCUCCAAGCAGAAGUCACCAGCUCAUAAUGAACCAACUUCACAAAGGACUCCUGGGAAAAAGCAACCCAAAAAGGUAGAAAGGACUUCCAGUGUAGAAGAGUAUAACUGGCCCAAACCAAAUAAUACCAGCAACACUCCCAAAGAAAAAGAUACACAGGAACCACCAGAGCAACCAAAGGUUCGCACAAAAGCAGCAGCUGGAAAGACAGCUCCAAGAAAAGAACCAAGGACUAGCACGGGACUUGCUUCUGAGAAGAAAAAGUACAGAGGCCCUAGCAAAACUAUCCCCAAAUCCCGUGAAUUUAUUGAAACCGAUUCGUCUACUUCUGAUUCAAACACAGACCAGGAAGAGAGCCUGCAGGCCAAAGUAUUACCAGCUUUCAGUGGGCCUGCCAAUGGCAUUAAAGUAAAGGACUCCAGCAGCAACAUCCUCAGUGUAAGUAGUUUAACUAGCAACAGCAGCAACACAUCAAUAGACCAGACCAGCAAUGAUUUAGAGGAACAACUCUUUUCACCGAUCCCAAUUGUGCAAAAUGAACUUCUGUCCCCACUGAGGGAAUAUGAAGAACUCAAAUCCCUCUGGGUGAAAAUAGAUCUUAGUUUACUCUCUAGAAUACCUGGACAAGAGCCUUGUGAGACAGUGACUGUGAAAACUGAACCACGAGAGGCAAAUGUGAAGCACAGGCGACAAUCUCGAGAGUCCCCCACCGCAGCAGCUGAAAAGCCCUCCACAAAAUCCAAAAGGAAGCACAAGCAGUCUGAAAGCUUGGAUACAUUUGGUGAAACCAAGAAACAGCGUCUGGAGGACACCUCAGCCUCAUGCCUGCUCCCACCAUGUAUUUCUCCAAUACCUAAUCACAGAUUAACCAGCAUUAAAGAUGGGAGUUCAGUUAAAAAGGUGACUAAGAAAAGAGAAGAGAAGUUGUUCCCUCCUCCGUUAUCCCCGCUGCUGGAUGAGCCAGCACACAGGCGGCACAGCAGUGACAACAGCUCCUUCAGCCAAGAGAACAGUGUCACAAACUCCUUGCAGACCAGCAGUUCUUCCUCUUCUUCUAAAUUCGGAAAGAACGAGAACAAAUCCUCUUCAAACCCCAAAGGAAUCUGUGAGGAGGAAUCUCGCCAUAGACCAACAAACAGUCUCCUUGAUACCAGCCAUCUGGAAACAGACAUCUGGUCUACAAUGCCUACACUCUCCAAUGGGAAACCCGAGUCUAGAAGACCUAAAAUAACAUUUGAUGACAUGCUUCACAAUGCAGACUAUUACAUGCAAGAGGCUAAGAAGCUAAAGCACAAAGCAGACGCACUGUUGGAGAAGUUCGGCAAGGCAGUGAAUUAUGCUGAUGCUGCUCUCUCCUUCAUUGAGUGCGGGAAUGCUAUGGAGCGAGAUCCAUUAGAAGCUAAAUCUCCAUACACCAUGUACUCAGAGACUGUGGAACUCAUCAGGUAUGCAAUGAGACUCAAGAAUUUCACAGGCUCAUGUGCCACGGAAGGAGACAAGAAACUAGCAGUUUUAUGCUACCGAUGCUUAUCACUCCUCUACUUGAGAAUGUUUAAACUAAAGAAAGACCAUGCUAUGAAGUACUCCAGAUCUCUGAUGGAAUAUUUUAAGAACUCUUCAAAAGCCUCCCAGGCCCCCUCUCCUUGGGGAGGCAAUGGAAAGAGCACAGAGACUCCAUCCCCCAUGUCUCUCAGUCCAUCUCCAGUCAGUUCUGUAGGGAGCAGUACAGGCACUACUGGGUCCUCAUCAGCAGGAACCAUCACCAUCCCCCAGCGCAUCCACCAUAUGGCUGCCAGCCAUGUAAAUAUCACCAACAACGUCUUGCGGAGCUAUGAGCACUGGGACAUGGCUGACAAACUGACUAAGGAGAACAAAGAGUUCUUUGUAGACCUGGACUCAGUCAUGGGACCAUUAACACAACACACCAGUAUGACCAGUUUGGUCCGUUACGUUCGACAAGGACUUCACUGGCUCCGCAUUGAGGCGCAUUUGUUGUAGUGACUGCUGCCCUCUUCAUAACAUCCCCAUCAGUCUACCUCUACCAGCGCACAGACGAUCACUGGUGGAACUCCGCUCAUUUCUGGAACUUGAUUCAUGUAACUUCAUUUUUAUUGCCUUUUUUGAUAUCUUAUCUAUUGGAAGUAGAAGUCACCAUAAAUGGAACUUAUGACUCAGAGCAGUAUGUGUUGUACCAUCUAAUCAUUUUUGACAAUUUGUAUGCCUUGCGUCUCCUGGAUCCUGCUAUCCUUAUGUGCUUUAUGGAACGGUACAUUCCCUGCAGUAUUGUUUUAAGUCGACACUGCCUUCAAGUGAAAAUAAAAAAAGCACUUUGAGAAGAUAUGGAUUCCUGAGAAAUAGUACAAAACGUCUUAAAUAUAUGAGGGUAUAUACGAAAAUUCUCUUCUGAAAUAAAUUAGUAGAAGUUAUAGCCAUUCACUCAGAAUUGUCCUUUGAACCCAAGCCAACCUGUUCACUGCUUAGUUCUGGCAUCGUUACCUGCAGCUGUUUAUCGCUAAGAUUUCCUACUUUAUAUAGGCCUGAUCUCUAAAAAAGGACUCUGAACAUCUUAUAGGUAUGUAGCGUAAAAUCACCAAAGAUGUUAAAAGAUAUAAGAUUGGGAGGAAUGAUUAAAGAAAGAUGCCACACUACACAAUGAGGUUUUGAUAUUCUUUAAUGUUGGCUUAACAGUUUAAGUGGGCAGAACAAGGCAGCUGAUCAGACAAUUUCAAAAUGUUAGCUUUUAUAGUCUUAGCUACCAUUCAUGUACUCAAUCGGUGAAUUUUCUUUCAGUCCUACUGUUUGGUCUCCAGCAAAUAUUCCUCCAUGAUUUUUCUUGGCAAAACAAUCUCCUCUUGCAUAGCGACUCAGUGACAGCACAUCUUAACAGGAGUGCUACAUUAUAAACAUUGAUAUUGUAUGUGAAAGUAUGGAUUCUCGAUGAGAUUCACUAGUAAUUUAACUGACUGCUUCUGAGGCACUUCUAACAUCCUGUGGCAUUAAUUUACGCCUGUUUUGUUGAUUUCAAAGCUUUAGAAGCAGACACUAUUAUCUUACUUUUUUGAAAACAAUGAAAAAUUAAAGGAAAUCGCUAGAUUUACCCAAAAACAACAUAUUUGCUUCAUAAUGUCCAUGAAUACUUCAGUCUCCCAAUUCUCCAAAUUACCCAUUUUCCAAAUUCCAUUUUUAUUUACCCACGCUGUCAUAUUUUGACCAUUCCUUUAACGCAUGCAUAAUCAUGAGACAAUUCAGAGAAAAUUUCAAAGCAAUCUUGAAUAAAUGAGACUGUUUCAUUCACUCGUUCUUUUUUUUUUUCUUUCUAAGCUGCGCUGCUCUUGUGGCAGCCCUGCAGGAAGCAAUGGUGCAUGAAACAAAACAAAAUGAAUUUAUAUCAGUAAUUCACAAGACUUUAAAUGGCCUCAUAUCAUUCUUGAUGUAAUGCCGGCACAUCUUAUCGAACUGUAAAUUUCAUCUAUAUAAACAAAAAAAAACCCUCCUGGCAAUGUAAAUAUCAUUCUAUGUCACAUCUCACUGAAAUAACAUGACAGAUGUAUUAAGUAUCAUCCAGACAUUAUUUAAUUGUAAUUGCCUUUUGAUAUAUAAGCCUGUAUAUCCUUUAAUCGGGCAAGAUAUUAGAUUCUACUCACUGGAUUGUGACCAGAUAAAUAGGACAAAUUUGCAUUUAAACGGUUCAGACUGCUAGGUUUUUAAAACAGGUCUUGCACAUUUCCAAUAAGGAUUGUGCCCAAUCCAUAUUUUAAGAUAAACAUCUCUUUUUAAACAAUUGUGUAUUAGCUCCUAUUAAUAAAAACCUUUAAAAAUUCUAUAAAUCAUAAUAUUUUGAUCCACAGCAAGGUCUUGUAAAUGUAGCCAGGGUGGGAUGUAUGUCAUUAGAUAAAUCAUGCUGAUAGGGUAGUCUAUAAAAGGCAGAACAUGCACAUCCUGGAUUAUUUUCACAUUCCUGUUCCUACAGUAAACAACAUGCCCUUAUCUGUUCUUUGAGGGGUUCAUUAACAUAUGCUUAAUAUAUGGAGAUAUACCUAUCUCAUAGAACUGGAAGGGACCCUGAAAGGCCAUUGAGUCCAGUCCUCUACCUUCAGUAGCAGGAUCAAGUGCUGAUUUUGCCCCAGAUCCCUAAGUGGCCCCCUCAAGGACUGAGCUCGCAGCCCUGGGUUUAGCAGGCCAAUGCUCAAACCACUGAGAUAUCCCUCCCCCAAAAGAACUUAUCAUGCUGAUUCUGGCCCCAUUUCUCUAAUGAAUAAAACCAGGAUAACAAGAAACCUUCAUAAAUAUAAAAAGAGGGUGAUUUUUCAAACAUGCACCUUUUUUAACAGAUGAGCGUAGGUGUUUCUGAUAACUGAACUGAAGUAUUGAUAGGUUGGUUGUGACCUAAGUUUUCCAUUCUCUUUGUAAUGCCUCUCCUAUUGGAUUGACUAUCUAUUCCGCCUAAUUAAGAACAUUGUUCUCCCUUAUUAUUUUAACAUAGACUGAAAUCCUAGACUGCCAUGGAUUUACGAAGGAUAUAUAUAUACAUCUUGAAAUACAAUCUUCAGAGACAUGACUGUUCUGAGAGUCAGCUACCGUCCCCAAGUCAGGGUAUUAUUUUUCCCCUGUUGCUUGUAGUAAACAGACACCUAUCUCAAAAUUUAACAUACAUUCACAUCUCCUUUACCUAGACAGCUUAGAGAAUAAGCCCACCUGAUUUUGCCUCCUGUGACUUAGUUUGAAAUGUGUAUUGAAUCAAUGAUACGAUUAUAAUAAGUCCAGCAGUGAAACCUAGGAUCACAAGCCAACAUGCUGUUUAGCGGUCUUGCUUCAAGAGCAGCUUAGAAACAAAUUAAAUAUGGAGAGUGAAUUACCUUCCUAUCCCUGAGCAUGAUGCUUCUUUUGGGUUAGUUAUUAAGGAUUAUUGCACUUUUAUAGGCACUAUAUUCAUUGCCUUUCAAAUGGCAACAUGGCAUCUUCCUGGAGUAAUUUUGCUCUUGAAAUUAUAAUUUCAAGUAGAUUUCAUUGAAUGAAAUUGUUUUCUUGUUUUGAAGGGGAAGCAUUUUGAUGUAUGAGGAGGUAUCUGUUUGGGCUUUUUCUCUGUCACCCUGUCAGAAAUGCCAACCUCAAGCAUUCAAAGAUCAUGAGUGAGGCCCCCAAAAUUAUGAGGCUGUCUUAAAAUCAUGAGGUUUUUUUCCAUAGCAUAUUUUUUGUGUUCCUUUUAUUUGUCUUAUCAUUACUGAGUCUCUAAGCAACACUCAAGUCAGGUUUUUCAAGUGUUCCUCCAUAGCCAGGAAAACUAGAAAUAGCCUUUUUUUUUUUUUUUUAAAUGGAAGUGAGAUGCUCGUGCAAUUUCCUGUUACCUGCAGCUGGGUUUUCAGAAAGACACCAAAUAUUGCAAGACUCAUGAUAACAUUGCAAGAGGUAGCCUGUUAAAUAAUGUGUAGAUCGAUAUGUGUAGUGCUGUUGUAAAGGGAACACACACGCUAAGGACUAACGUCUAAAAUAUCAGGAAUCCAGCAGCACAAAAUGACAGUGCAGCAAAGUCCAAAGUGCUUGAGCAAGGUCCUUACACACCUUCUUGUGGGCUUCAUUGGUCUUAAAUGGUGUGUAUGGCCUUGUACCUACUCUGAGAACAGUAGGUAUCUCCAGCCGCAUGAUGUUCAAUAAGGAACUGAGGUCCAUAAUAGUAGAUGUUCUUGAGCAGAAAGCUUAGGAGAGCUACCAUAUGCCUCCUAUGGUUCCAUCAGUUCCUAGCCUGAAAUACAGGGCUAGCUUUUUCUAGGGCACCUCUCACUCAAGCAAACUUCCUUUGCAAGUAGGGAAAGUUUGGACCUGAAUACAAAUUGCAGGAUUUGGUCCAUUGUUCACACUUCUUUAGCU